AGGAAUACUGUUAGAACAGAUAUGCCUGUUUGACCAUCGUGGAUGAUGGAAAAGCAACCGUCAAACAACAGUGUCCUCGAUCAGUUUAUUAAUAGCCAGGAGCAAACGUAUGAAGAAUUUCUCAGCACAUUCAGUUACCUUUCUAAAGAAGAAUUGGAAAUGAAAAGCCAAGUAUCUCAAAUGGAGUCCAUAGAAAAUACAUUUUCAUUGCUGGAGUUGUCAAACAGAAAUAAACAGAAUGUCUCUCCUAUAAGGAACAAAGAGCCAUCAGUGUCUCUCUCAUCACAAUCUCUGGAUGAAGACCAGAUAAUGAUGGGCAAAGGCUGGAAAGUGGGCUGCUGUGUACUAGGUGACCUGAGUCUGGCAAGAAGAGUGAAGGUGGACAAUUACUUGGAGUUGGAAGAUUUUGACACAGAUGACGAAUUUGGUCAAGAGACAUGCAGUGCAGGGUCAUUAGUGCUUCCAGGAGAGGUGGAAGAGACAGCAACUUGCUAUAGACCUUCCUUUAAUCAGCCUACUAAUCUGGAGUUCGGGACCUUGUCAGAUGCACAAUCAUCAAACAGCAAAACUCAAGAGCCAUGUGGGGACGAGGUUCAGCUAUUCUCCCUUGAUAAAGAAUUUGACUAUGAUAGCGUGGCAUUGACCCCCAAGUUCUCUGAGGCUGAGAUGAAGGCCAUUAUGAACUCGUCUGAACAGAAGAAAGUAUGGAUCGGCCUCAAGUCAACAGGAUCUGAAGAGGGAAGCUGACGUACCUUGUGGGGCAUUCGCUGUUAAUCAGCUGGGAAAAUAUUUUUAAGGGGAAGAAUCCAGCUCCUAUUCUGCAAUUGUAGCUCCCUCUUUUGCAAUGGGGCCAGUUUGGGCCUCUCAUAGAACCUAUGGGAUGUUCAGAUAUUCCUACCCUGUGCAGCACUGGGCUGCAAUGCUCACUGCAUAGCAUUCAUAUUACUAUAGUGUCUAGGAGUCCUAGUCAUAGAGCAGGACCCCACUGUGGUAGGUGCUGUUCAAACCCAACAAAAGAGUGCCCCCUGCUCCAGUGAACUCACAGUCUAAGCAUGGUAGCUCCAGCCUGUGAGGGUAGAUUCCUCUCUCUCUGCCCCUUUUCCAUAUCCCUAGAGCAGGGGCCAGAUGUGGUCAUGAGGUAUGGCUGCUUGCAGCUCCAGUUGACCACGGAUCACUGUUCUUGGCCAACCGGAGCUGUGGGAAGUGGUGCAGACUGGGACACCACAUCCUGAAGCUCCCAGUGUCUGGGAAUGAUGAUCCGCUGCCAACAGGAGCGGCAAGCAGCCAUACCUGAGUACAUGCAGAUAAAUUAAAGCAUUUGACAGCCCACCAGACUAUAUGGUUUCUAUAAGCAUCAUAUCAUAUAUCACUGGUUUUGGUUCUCAGCUCCUCUUCCAGUUGCUUUGUCGUUCUCUGGCAUCACAAACCAAAAGGAAUGGUGCCUUAAAAGGCAACUAGGAAUUCCCAUGGUGAAGAAAAAGCGAGUGUCAUAUAAUGCCUGCAGUGCUAUAGACUAUCCUUGCUGGAAUAAUGAUUCUUAGAGGUCAGUAUAAACUAGUGUAAAUUAGAGUAGCUCCAUGACUGCUCUGACUAUAUUCUGUGCUGGCUUCAGCCUUCAACCAGCCCCGUGUUGCCUCAGAGCUGUUUUUGCCUGGCUCCCUCAGGAGUGUAACAUGAGCUUGUUGCAACUGAGCAUUCAGCCUUUAGUCUUAUAAGAUGUAAAGAUACAGAUCUGUGGACCAAUGAUGAAAAGAAAAAUUUUGAUGCCUUCUGUGUGAUUUCAGUUUUUCAGACAAGUAAUAGUUCUAUUUUUCAGUGUUUUCUCCUUAUGGUGAUUUAAAUUAAAUGUGUAUAAUUCCUGAAAAAUCAUGUUUUUGUUUUUUUUUGGGUCACAAAAUAGUUUGGUCACAAAGUGACAGGAGACGCAGAACAGCAGUGAUUUAACCCAGUUUAUAGCUUGCCAAGCAAAAUUUAGACCAUGAAUGUGGACAUUUCACACAUUUCUAUGGGAAAUGGUUCCAAGGUUUUUCACCACAUGACAUACAUUCUAUACCAGUGGAAAUGCAUUCAAUGUGCUGCAUAACAUGUAAGGAAAGGAGAACAUGUGACCAAAAGCACUGAGGAGAAUGCUGAUCCAUACACUG